AUGCUCCUCGCCCGUGCCAGCGCACCCCUUCGACAGGCUGUAGCCCGUUCACCUCUCACUGCGCCCGUGCGCUUCGCCCAUGGUCACGGCGAGUACCAGCACAUUCCAUUUGAGUACAAGAGCAAGACUUUCGGUGCGAAGGUCGCCCUGUACCUAAUCUCAGGCUUCAGCAUCCCGUUCGUAGCUGCGGCCUAUCAGCUGAAGAAGGCCGGCGGCGCAUGA